CGAGGUGUCCAUUCACGCACUUGGCGGGUCGGCUGCCCAACCAUGACCGCUGUUGAAUCCUGGACUCUGUCGAUCGGUUUCCAUAAACGUAUAAAUAUUAUUAUUAGUCGUGUUUAAAAAUAUUGUCAAUCUAGUUUGUUUUCGGUUUUACUGUUAUAAUAAUUUUUAUAUGUUCGUUUAUUCGUAUUUUGUAUAACAAUAAUCAUAAAAAACAUAUUUAUUAAAGUUUAUCACACGCGUAUAUUUUAUCCGUUAAUUACGCUGCAAGUGUUGGUAAACAAUAAACAUAUUGAAAAAAAUAUAAGAUUUUGAAAUAUAUUUAUAGGUACCUAUAGUGCGCGAGCACGUGCACGUAACACAAUGAUUGUGAAUGUGACUAAACUUCAGCAAAUUAUGAGUUUUGUGGUACUGGCCGCAGUGAUAGUAGCUGGCGUGCAGUGUUCCAAUCACGAGGCCGAAAAACGGGUCAUGCACAACAACAAUGACAGUACUAUGCGGAUAAAAGCGCAGUCCCGGAUAUCCAUGACAAAAGGCAAUGGAUACGGUGCUCGGGUCCAGAUCCGCGAAGAUCAUCAUGGGCGGAAGCACGCGCACGCGAUGGCCAUUUGUGAUUGUAACGGACAGGGUCCGUGGAGACCGCUGUUCAAACCGUCGCAAAUCCUCAAGACCGAGUUCCCUGAACACGAAGCGUUCCACGAAGAGGUAGACGCCCACUACCGGAACUUGGUAGGCGACCACGUGGAUAACCACUUGAGAUCGCCGCAGACACCGUCGUCCGAACACAUAUCCGCCGAACUCAAUAGCGGCGGGUUUAGUGGCGGCGGUAUUGGCUACAGCGGCGGUGGUUACGGUGGCGGUGUCAACGUCGGGAACGGCGGCGGCGUUGGUGGCGUGGGCGCUGGAAUCGCUAAGAAACACAACCACAUGAUUCACUUGCACCUGAUUCCGCAUAUUUACGUGCCGAUCAUGCACUCGGCUGGUUACUCCGAAGUGAAAAACUAUCACACGACUGUCGACGACGGGCCGUCACUGGCGUCGCCGGUCCAGAACUCGGUGGAUACGUCGUCGGAGUUCCACGUCGGCGACGUGACUGCCGCUGGCGGGUCGAGCCAGUCGGGCACUCCUGGUUCCGGCGGUACAGGCGAAGGUCCCGUGUCCGCCACGGCGGGCGCGACCGGUGACCACGACCACGGUAACUUUAACGGACACUCGGGCGAGACGUCGUACUAUACGAUAACCGACGACACCGUUCAACACCUACACCAGGACUUGCACGACCAUUACGGCAACGGGAUCGACAAUAACCACAAUCACGAGUACGAGGCCCCGUCCAACCCUGUGCCCGAAGAACCGCAUCAGUACCAGGUACACGAGACCGACGACCUUUCCAAGGACUACAGCAACAAGAACCACGUGACGAGCGCGUCGUCGACGGCUACGAGCAAACAGGCAGCGCACCACAACCACUAUCAGCCGCAGCAGGUGCUCAAGCACAGGAACCCCGCGGUCAAGCCGAACCGGAGCAAGCACGGGCGCAAGUUGACCAGCCGACAGGACCUGAAGAACCUGCUGGUGAUGCGACCGCCGCCCAUCGGACAGACACAGACGUGGAGGUACGUGUACCGGCCGGCGGUGGCCGGACACCACCAACCGUAUUACCAGGGCAAGCAGCCGAUUCCGGUGAUCAAGACCAGAACGGUACCGCUCAUCCUGCACAUCCGGCAGAGGUCGGACGACGAUUGAUGCGGUUUUGUACAUACGUGGGCCGCUCUCGCAGUUAUUACUUACUUACCGGUUUAUCUGUUGUCGAUUUAGUGCGGCAAGUGCGCACCGGUAUUUAACGUCGUAAUGUAAACAAAGUGAAAGAACAAUAAAAAUAAAAAUCCUAUUUUUAACGAUUGGCGGCAUCGAACAGCGACGACGGCGCGACCGUAUUUUUGUAAAUUAUAUUACAUAAUUAUUUUAUCAUUAUCGUAAGACUUCUUUCGUAUUUGAAUACAAUGUUAUUAUCAUAAUUAUUAUUAUUAUUAUAGAAGUAGAUACGGUAGUGAAGAUAAAACUUUAAACCUAUUGUAACAAUAAUAGUUUUUAUGGUAUUAUUACAGUUUCAUAAAAUAAUGAUAUACUUUUGGUUUUCAUAUUAUCGUAUAUACACAGCACAAUAUCGUGUAAUAAUAUGUAUUAUAAGUAAUCAAUAAUGCAGUGACGUGAUAUUACAAUUAAUUCGUAUGUUAAACUACAUUUUUGUGCAAGCAAAACACGUUUUUCCGUAAUGUCAUUAACAUUAGCAAUAAACAGUUAAUUUACAUACAAUUUGCAAAAGUAAACUAAAAAUUGCACUGCACUGUAAUAGUAAUGAAUAUCUCAAAAACUAGUUUAAUAAAUCACUUAUUAAACGGGGAAUGUUUAGCUAUAAAUCCGAGUACCCGGCGCGCAUCUAUACCGCGAAAAAUGUAGUAACAACUUAUUAGACAUCGUUCUUAAUGUUUGAAUAUUCAAUCAUAAAAUGUACAUGACCAACACGAGACAAUUUUACUGUGCGUUGUAUUCAAUUUUAACUAGCUGUAGUCUUGAAACGUUUCAAGCACGUCUUAAAAAUAUAUUUAAAACUUUAAGUUAUUCCCGGGACGCGCUUAUGAACAAUGCCUUCCUAAUAUGAGUCUUGUUUUUUUUCGAUUGCUUCGAUGUAACUUUACUAUUAUCAGGCUUGUGAUAAAUAUUAAUUAUUCUACAUUGUUAUAAUUUAUAACUAUUAUUAUUUUAUUUUAUUAAUAUAACAUAAUUGUGUAUAAUG